UUCUAACCUUAUCAUUUUUCUAUUUAAUCGCCUACAGCUUUUUACUUAACAAUAAUUAAGGAAUUCCAAAUGUUUUUACAUUAAAUAUUUGUGUGUAUUUAUUGUAGUAAGUGAAUUAAAUCCGAAUGAGUCGGGAUCAUUUGGAAAACGAGAUUGUUUUUGUAUAAAAUGACAAUAGUGUGGUGAACCAUCAAAGAGUAUGGAGUUUGAGUUAAAAUGGAAAAAGUGUAAUUAAUAAAUAAAGCUUUGUUCUUAAAAAAUGAAAAUUUUUUGCAAUUUAUUUUAUGACAUCUGCUGCAUUAUAUAAAUAACUAUGUCUUCCAAAAGUGAGUUAAAGAAAUUGUCAGAGGAGAGUUUGACGAGACAACCUGAAGAAGUUUUUGAUAUAAUAUGUAAACUAGGAGAAGGUUCCUAUGGCAGUGUCUAUAAGGCACUGCAUAAGGAGUCUAGCCAAGUCUUAGCUAUCAAGCAGGUACCUGUUGACACUGAUCUUCAAGAAAUUAUAAAGGAAAUAUCUAUUAUGCAGCAAUGUGAUAGUCCUUAUGUGGUUAAAUAUUAUGGUAGUUAUUUCAAAAAUACUGAUUUAUGGAUUGUUAUGGAGUAUUGUGGUGCAGGUUCAGUGUCUGAUAUAAUGAGAUUACGUAAGAAAACUCUCAGUGAAGAAGAAAUAGCAACAAUAUUAUCUGACACACUUAAAGGUUUAGAAUAUUUACAUUUAAGAAGAAAAAUUCACAGAGAUAUUAAGGCUGGUAAUAUAUUACUGAACUCUGAAGGACAUGCAAAGCUUGCAGACUUUGGGGUAGCAGGUCAGCUGACAGAUACCAUGGCCAAAAGAAACACUGUUAUUGGUACACCAUUCUGGAUGGCACCUGAGGUCAUUCAAGAGAUCGGCUAUGAUUGUGUGGCUGAUAUCUGGAGUUUAGGUAUCACAGCUUUAGAAAUGGCUGAGGGAAAGCCCCCUUAUGGUGACAUUCAUCCCAUGAGAGCUAUUUUUAUGAUUCCGACAAAACCCCCACCUUCCUUUAGAGAGCCAGAUAGGUGGAGUGCUGAAUUCAUAGAUUUUGUUAGUGUUUGUUUAGUUAAAAACCCAGAGGAACGUGCCACAGCAACAGAUCUCCUCACUCACGAAUUUAUAGGUAAUGCCAAGACAUCUAGUAUUUUAAAUGCAAUGAUUCAGGAAGCUCAUGAUAUAAGGGAAAAUCAGAGUUAUAAAACUAUUUCUCUAAAUGCAAAUAUUUCAGGUGGCCUAAAACAAAGUGUGACAGAAGGAGAUGAUAUGUUAGAUGACACUGCCAAUCAAACUAUGGUGUCUUGUGCAGAUGAGGGCACUCUAGUACCAGAUAAAGGAGGAACCUUGGUUCCUCAUAGCCUCAAUGCAUCAUUGGUAGAUCUAGAAUCCGAGUUAGGCACCAUGGUUAUCAAUAACGAUAUAGAUGACCAAACCAUGAGGAGACAUGGUACAGAUUCAGUUGAAGGUGGCAAUAAAUAUAGACCAAUAUUUUUAGAUCAUUUCGAUAAAAGAGAAACUGAAGAAGAAAUUAAUAGCAUUGUUAGUCCUAUAACACCUGAAGUAAUUCAGAAACCACCAGAUGAAGAGCCUAAGUAUAAUAGUGAGCAAAAGCAAGUACAUAUAACUUUUUCAGAUGGAGACUUUGAAUUUUUAAAAGGCCUUAGUUUUGAAGAAUUGCAACAAAGAAUGAACUCACUGGAUGCUGAUAUGGAAAGAGAAAUAGAUGAACUAAGACGAAAAUAUCAAGCCAAGAGGCAACCAAUACUCGAUGCCAUGGACACAAAACGCAAAAGAUCUCAAAAUUUUUAACAGAUUUACCACCCCAAAAUUAUGACAAACUUGUUACAUUUAUUAUAUUUUGCAUUAUUUUAAUUUUCUAGUCAAGAGAAGUAGAUAUUGGGGUUCAUCUUAUCCUUGAGAAACAUAUUAUUUCCUGAUUGUUUUCCUUUGUAUGUAUAUUUAGAAACAAGUCAUAUGUAACAAUAAUUUCAAAUUACUGUGAUCCUGAAAAAAAGUUCUGAGUGUAGGUUUAACAUUGGGACGCGUAAAAAAAUGUUUAGUGUUCAUUCUGAUCAACGGAGUCACUGUUUUAAAAGAAGCGGAAGGGUUACAUCAAAUACUCAAUCUAUUUUGAAGGGCAUUCGUUCCUACAUGUACUUAAUCGUUUUUUUUUUGGUUAUUUAUUUCGACCGUUCAAUAAUUUAACGUGAUAAUUUUUAAUGUUCUGAUUUUUAACAAUAUUAUUAAGUUUUUUAACUGUUAUUAUUAAGUUUGGUAUUAACCGACUAAGUUAUUAAAUACGGAUAUCAAUUUUCUGAAUAAUUACGAUAAUGUAACCUCUGUACGGAAAGUACGCUUGCUGUGCCUUUAGUAGAAUAAGUAGACUUACGUAGAGUAAAACUAGUAUUGUAAUCAUAUUUUUUGACGAUCUGAAGUAAACCUUACGAAUUAAAAA